AGGAAACAGCCUGAGGAUUAUCAGCCGUCCUCCUGGGAGGCAGUGAAGCGCUUUCCACACUCGUCUACCAGCCAGAGCAGAAUCUGCAGCCACCAUGACAGAACCUACACUUAAAAAACUCGGAUUUAAAAAGUGUUGCAGCGCCACUUUCAGCAUCGAUGGCUUCAGCUUCACCAUUGUUGCCAAUGAGGUGGGAGGAAAGAAACGGAGCCCACACGCUCUCUUCUCACGCUCCCGGUCCCAGAACGCUCUGUGCAGCACUGUCACACCUAAUACCGACGUCACUCAGCACAAAGGAACGAGCACCGACACCAGGAACUCUGAGGAGAUCCUGGCUGAUGAGCUGCCCGUCCUCGAUGCCCCCGACGCCGUGGAGAAGACUGCUCUCAGGUUGCGGUGUCUAGUGAAGCAGCUGGAGAGGGGGGAGGCGUCUGUGGUGGACUUAAAGAGAAACCUGGAAUACGCCGCCUCAGUUCUUGAAUCUCUCUACGUGGAGGAAAACAGGCGGGUGGUGGAUCCAGACGAUGAGCUGAGUGACAUUCAGUCGGACACUGUGCCGCUGGAGGUCCGUGACUGGCUGGCCUCCACCUUCACCCGACAAAGGGUCAUGAUGCUGCGCAGCAGUGAAGACAAGCCGCGCUUCCGCAGCAUCGUGCGUGCGGUGCAGGCCGGCAUCUUUGUGGAAAGGAUGUACAGACGAACCUCCAGCAUGGCCGGUCUAAGUUAUCCCCCCAAUGUCAUCGCUGUACUCAAGCAUGUGGACACGUGGUCCUUUGACGUGUUUGCUCUGAAUGAUGCCAGUGGACACCGCGCUCUGAAAUACGUCUUCUAUGAGCUGCUCACCAGAUAUGACCUGAUCAACCGUUUCAAGAUCCCGCUCUCUGCACUCAUGUCAUUCUUGGACUCACUGGAAGCAGGUUACAGCAAACACAGCAACCCGUACCACAACCUAAUGCAUGCGGCCGACGUCACACAGACUAUUCACUACCUCCUCCUGAAGACGGGCAUGGUGCAUUGGCUAACUGAACUGGAGAUAUUUGCCAUAAUAUUUGCAGCUGCCAUCCACGACUUUGAACACACAGGGACCACCAAUAACUUCCAUAUUCAGACCAGGUCAGACACAGCCAUGCUGUAUAAUGACCGGGCGGUUCUGGAAAACCAUCACCUCAGCGCUGCCUUUCGCCUCCUACACGACGGCGACGAAAUGAACAUUCUCUCUAAUCUUUCAAGAGACGACUGGAGGAAACUGCGGACUCUGGUCGUGGAGAUGGUGUUUGCCACCGACAUGUCUUGCCACUUCCAGCAGAUCAAAGUCAUGAAAAGCCUCCUGCAGCAGCCUGAGCUGAUUGACAAACCAAAGGCCUUAUCGCUGCUGCUACACACCGCUGACAUCAGCCAUCCUGCUAAACAGUGGGACCUCCAUCACCAAUGGACCAUGUCACUACUGGAGGAGUUCUUCAGACAGGGCGAUAGAGAAGCAGAGCUGGGUUUACCUUUCUCCCCUCUCUGUGACCGUAAAUCUACUAUGGUGGCCCAGUCCCAGAUUGGAUUCAUUGACUUCAUCGUGGAGCCAACGUUCACUGUGUUAACAGAAAUGAUCGAGAAGAUCGUGACACCACUCAUGGAGGAGGCGUCUUCCUCUACGCUGGCAGUCUUCAGAAACUCCAGUGUGAGUGGCAGCGAUGGGACUCCUUCCAGUAAGAAGAGCUCCGGCUCGGAGGCCAGCUGCUCUCUGACCGCCGGGGACUUCAAGGGUUUCCAGGUCGCGUGGAACACAGAGAUUCAUCAGAACAGAGAGACGUGGAAGACGCAGGCAGCCAAAGAACUGGAGGAAAAGACUCAGAAGGAGGCAGAGAAGGGCGACCAGGAGCAGGAGGAGAAAAAGGAGCCUGAAGAAUCAAGGAGGCCAGUGGACAGAGACGACACGAGACAGAAGAAACAGAAAAAAGACGGAGAAGAAGAAGAACAAGUGGAGAACAAAAGGCCACAAGAGGAACAAAAGCCAAACAAGGAAGAAAAAGACAAUAAACCAGAUCCUGAGAGUGACUCCCAUUUGAUUUAUUACUCCAAGAGGCCCAGCUACUGCGCCAGCUCCUUCAGGUUCCUCCAGUCAAAGUUCAGGGCUGAGAUUCGUCCCAUUGACGCCAGGGCUCGAGCCAGGAGGCUGCAGCGGAUCUGCCUGCGCCGCCGGAAGUGACCAUGUAGUCCGGAACGU